AUGCUAAAUCCCAAACUUAUUUUAUGCGGAUCUAUCUUCAUUAUCCUGCUGUUUCUUCAAUUAAUUCUACCUUUUCCUUUUAGUAUACCGCUAACGAAAAGCUCGUCGAGUCCUCUUGCUGCGCAAAGCCAUCCUUCUUCAACUUCCUACGAGGCCAAACUUCCUAGUAAAGAUGCAGUAGAAGAAAAGGAUUUCCAGGUUUUUCUUGAAAAUCCCGUCAUGGUCUUUAGUCGUCCAGGUUGCCUAUACAGUCAGGCAGCCAAGUCCAUGCUGACGGAUAUACUCAAUAUGGAACCUGCUCCUUUCAUCGUCGAAGUCACAGACUUCACCCAUAGUACCGAAUUGCGCUCAUGGUUAUCUUCCAUUAGCGGUGUUUACACACUUCCAAAUAUUUUUUUUGGUGGUCAUAGCAUUGGUGGAUAUGAGGAUUUACAAUUGCUCUACCGGGAGCACCAAAUUCAAGGCGAAUUGGAUCGUUGGACGCACAAUCAAGUCAAAAUUAUUCCUAUUCAAGAAGCCUAA